UAAAAAAAAUAAAAAUGAAUAAGGUGCGCCGCCGACUGCUAAUGGCGGAAAGGGUUUAAAGCUCAAGGGUUUUACAUUCCCGCCGUUACCUCUCUCUCUCAAAAUCUUCGUCGUCCCAAAACUACCACCUUAUCUCAAUUCGCUGUUGUUAGAAUUACUGAAGCAAAUAAGCAAUUUCUUCAGCAAAAGCUUUUAUGUGCGAAGAAAUUGAAAUUGUUCGAUGCUGGUUUCUUCAAUCAGGUCAGCAUCUCGCGCAAAUCUCUUUAGAUAUCUCCAAAUUAUUCGAUCACAAUCAGUUCCGUCGCUCGCUCAUUUCACUCCUUACUUUUCGGAUUCGGCUUCCGACGACCUGAAAUCCAAUGAUGUUUCUGUAACAAAUUGCGGAGACAAUGAAAAUGUAUUGGAAUUGAAUUCGCAUGGGGUCGUUCAGAUUCUGCAAAAUAUGAAAUUGGAACCGGUUUCUGCAUUAUCCUUUUUUAACCAGCUCAAGGGAAAGGGAUUUCAGCAUGAUACCCGAAGUUACUUGGCUAUGAUCAAGGUACUCUGUUAUUGGCGCAUGGACCGAAAACUGGAUUGUUUAUUUACAGAUAUUAUUAUAAACUUGAAAAGUGGGGAUUUCUGUUUUGAGGUAUCGGAGUUGCUGGAUGCAAUGGCUGAGGAGCUCAAGGCUGAUGGGCCUAGUUCCCUGCUUCGGGCUUUUGAUGCCCUAAUUAAGAGUUAUGCUAGUUUAGAAAUGUUUGAUGAGGCGAUUGACACUCUCUUUGCAACGAGAAGGCAUGGUGUUGGGCCGUGUUUGUUGUCGUGUAACUUUUUGAUGAAUAGGUUAGUUGGGCAUGGAAAAGUGGACUCAGCUGUUGCUAUCUAUAAACAGCUGAAGAAUAUUGGGGUGGAGCCAAAUAUAUAUACUUAUGGGAUUGCAGUUAAGGCGUAUUGUCGAAUGGGAUGUUUGGAAGAAGCUGCAAAGGUGUUUCUGGAGAUGGAGGAGGCUGAAGUGGUGCCUAAUUCUUUUACCUAUACACCUUAUCUUGAAGGACUCUGCAUGCAUGGCCGGUCAGAUUUAGCGUAUGAGGUUUUACGAGAUUGGGAUGCCCAAAAUGUCCCCGUGGAUGCUUAUGCUUAUACUACUGUCAUUCAAGGCUUUGUUAGUGAGAAGAAGCUGAAAGCUGCAGAAAUGGUAUUACUUGACAUGGAAGAACACGGGGUAGUCCCCAACGAAGUUAGCUAUCACGCCUUAAUUCAGGGGUAUUGUGAUUCUGGAGAUAUAGUUAGAGCUUUGGCCAUCCACGACGAGAUGGAGCUAAAGGGUGUCAGAACCAAUUGUUCGAUUCUCUCUUCGAUUCUUCAGUGCUUGUGCCUGAAAGGUAUGUAUUCUGAAGCAAUAAGCCAGUUUGUUAACUUUAAAAAGAUGGGCAUCUUUCUUGAUGAAGUCAUACACAAUGUUGCUAUUUAUGCUUUAUGCAAAAUGGGCAAGUUAGAUGAUGCAAAAAGAUUGUUUGAUGAGAUGAAGCAUAAGAAACUCAUACCAGAUAUUGUGCAUUAUACAACUUUGAUCAAUGGUCACUGUCUAAAUGGAAAUAUUUUUGAUGCUGUGCAUUUAUUUGAUGAAAUGAACAAAAGCGGCCUGAGAGCUGAUAUUAUUACUUAUAAUGUUCUCGCUGGUGGAUUAUCUCGGAAUGGAUUUCUGGAUGAGGUGUUUUUCCUGCUGGAUACUAUGAAAGGGCAAGGCUUGACCCCCAGCAGAGUCACGCACAACAUGAUCAUUGAAGGCCUUUGCUUUGGGGGGAGAGUAAAAGAAGCUGUAACAUAUUUCAAUAACCUGGAAGAAAAAAGCAUAGAAAAUUAUUCUUCCAUGGUGAAUGGUUACUGCGAAUCGGGCAACGCGAUCGAGGGUUUUAAACUUUUUUGUAGAUUGUUUAGCCAAGGGAUACUUAUAAGUAGGAAUUCUUGUGCAAAGCUUAUCAGCAGCCUCUGUUUGGAAGGGGAAAAUAAUGGAGCUAUUAAAGUUCUUAAGAUUAUGCUCUCUACCGAUGAUGGCCCUAAUAAGACAAUGUAUAUCAAGCUUAUUGCUGCUCUUUGCCGUGCUGGAGACAUGGAAAAUGCCCAAUGGGCAUUUGGCCAAAUGGUUGGCAGAGGAUUAACUCCCGAUGUAGUUAUCUACACCAUUAUGCUGAAUGGAUACUGUCAAGUGAACCGCCUGGAGGAAGCUUUUGCUCUUUUCAGUGAUAUGAAGGAAAGGGGCAUUAGUCCCGACAUUAUAACUUAUACAGUAUUGGUUGACGGGCACUGUAAAACAACUAUGAAAAAGGACCGAUCUAAAAAGCGUUUAGAAGGAAACAAGAUGGUAAAACAGGUAGCUUCAACUUUUUUGCGUGAAAUGAAGGAGAUGGAAUUAAAGCCUGAUGUCAUUUGCUACACAGCAUUGAUUGACAGUCAGUGCAAGUCAGAGAACCUUCAAGAUGCUGUUUCCCUCUUUGAUGAAUUGAUUGAACAAGGUUUAGUACCUGAUACUGUCACAUACACAGCCCUCAUUUCUGGCUAUUGCAAGCAGGGAAAUAUGGACAAGGCUUUAACUCUUGUGGAUGAGAUGUCAUCCAAGGGAAUACAGUCAGAUAGCCGCACUAUGGCAACAUUGCAUCACGGUAUCAUGAUAGCAAAGAAAGUGCAGUUUCACCGUUAAAUUUCACAAUUCCCCUAGGAUGGGUAUGGCUUACUGUAGCUUGGGAAACUCACUUCAUUUGAGUAGUGGCGGAGGAUCGGUUCUUCUUGAAUUUUAGGAUUGCCGUGCCUUGUAUGGUUAAGAUGGAUCCUAUGACUUUUUGCUAUGGCUGCAACUCCUGACGUGGCCGUUACUGCUGCAACUAGGCGUCCUGAGGAGACAUUGGGAAGCUGCUUCUGGUUCUGACUAUUGGUUCAUGUGAAGAUUGCAUUGUCUGAAAGUCCAAAAAGCCCCUUCAAGUGUUGAUUACUACUACGAACAGUUCUCAUGUAAUUCUUCUAUUUCAGAUCUAUUCUGAAUUUCAUACGUACUGGAUUUGACGAGAGAACAUUGCACCAAUUUGGGCUCCGAGUGCCACGUGUCUCUGAUAUUUCCUCAAACAAGGAGACCGUGAUUCAAAUAAAAUGCUGAGCUCCAGCUUCGGCAUCAAGUAUGCUGUUGUGACAUAUGUCUUGGACAUGCUCUGGAAUUCGAGCAUUUGCUGUUUGCAGAUAUGUGGAGUUUCAUGUUUUUGGCAACCUGAAGAAGAAUCGCAGAAACACACAUAUAUCUUCUUCUUUGGCAAUGGCAACCUAUAUUAAUUUCUUCAUCUUCUUGAGUAGGGCGCCUCUGAUUUCUUUUGUCACUUAUUUUGCCUCGUACUUUUUACUCCUUAUUUUUCGUGUUUCUCUCUCAUUUUAUUUACUUGCGUCUCUAUCACUUGCUGGAAAAUAUUUUGUUUACCACAUGGAUUAGAAGAUGUGGGAAUGUGCCCUUUUAGCUACUUGGCAAACUGAAAUCUAUUUAUUUAUUUAUUUAUUUUUGUGGAUUUGCAAUUGCAA